AUGUCCUUCCAAUUGCACAGUGCCCCGCCCUUCCGGGCCGAACACAUGGGUUCCCUGCUCCGGCCUCAGAACCUGCUGGAGGUGCGCGAGAAGAUCCGCGAGACGGGCGUGUCCGAGGAGGAGGCGGGCUUGCACGCGGUCGAGAAGCAGACGGUCGGCGACGUGGUCCAGCUGCAGCGGGACUUGGGCUACAAGGCUGUCACCUCGGGCGAGUUCAACCGGACUCGGUUUUGGGGGCAGAUGUGGGAUGAGUUUGAGGGAACCGUCCGUCUGCAGGACGCCGAGGCCUCGAUGUUCCGGCUGUACCACCCGGACGUGGUCAGCCUGAUCGAGAAGGACCGCAAGGUGAUGCCGGGCGACUCGGUGAUCGCCGGCUCCAAGCUGUCGUGGAGCGCGGAGAAGUCCGUGUCCAACCUGCACGAGUUGCGGCUGGUGCAGCAGGCCCUGCCCGAGAGCGAGUGGGGCACCAUCAAGCUGACGAUGAUCACGCCUGCCUGGUUCCACAUGCGCUACAAGCAGGGCAAGGCCUACAGCCCGGAGGCGUACGCCAACGACGCCGAGUACUUCCGCGACGUGGCCAAGGUGUACCGGGCGGAGCUGGCGGCACUGUACGCGGCGGGGCUGCGCAACGUGCAGUUCGACGAUCCCGGGAUGGCCUACUUCUGCUCGACCGCGUUCCGCGAGGGCUGGGAGCAAGACGCGGACAACCUCGGCACCGUCGACGACCUGCUGGACGCCUACAUCCAGCUGUACAACGACUGCCUCCGCGACCUGCCCGCCGACUUCCACACGGGCAUCCAUCUGUGCCGCGGCAACUUCAUCGGCGGCCGCCACUUCGCCGAGGGCUCGUAUGAUAUCAUCGCUCAGAAGCUCUUCCAGGACCUCAACGUCCACACCUUCUACCUCGAGUACGACAACGAGCGCUCCGGCGGCUUCGAGCCCCUCCAGUUCCUGCCCCAGAAUAAGAACGUCGUUGUCGGCAUCAUCAGCACCAAGCUCCGUGCCCUCGAGGACAAGGAGGCCAUGAAGGAGCGCGUCUACCGCGCCGCCGACUUCGUGAGUGCGGGCAGCGGCGAGUCCCGCGAGGAGGCUCUCAAGCGUAUCUGCGUCAGCCCGCAGUGUGGCUUCAGCACCCACGAGAGCGGCUACCCGUUGAGCCUCGAGGAUGAGAAGAAGAAGCUGGCUUUGGUUCGUGAGAUCGCGGACGAGAUCUGGGGCCAGCCUUAG